AUGGACCUUGGCGAGGACAAAGUGUUGGUGUCCGUAGUGUACAGCGUGGUCUUCAUUGUUGGCUUACCAAGUAACAUCCUUGCCCUCUGGAGCCUGUACCACAUCGCGAAGGUGAAUGACAAGCCUUACAUUUACCUGCUCAACCUGAUCGCUGCCGACCUGAUUCACAUUGUUGUUCUGCCCUUCUGGAUCGACUACGUCAUCAACGAGCACCGCUGGCAGUUCAGCAACGCGGCCUGCAAGCUCACCGGCUUCACCUUCUACCUGAACAUGUACACCAGCUUAUUCUUCUUGAGCUGCAUCGCUCUCGACCGCUAUUUCGCCAUCGUCUACCCCCUGCGCUUCCACUGGCUCCACAGAAAGCACACCAUGUACGUCAUCAGUGCCUGCGUCUGGGGGCUGGCACUGGUCUGCAACACUCCUGGCUUCAUGUACGCCGACGUUGACAAGGUCUCCAAGCUGUGCUAUGAGAGUUACCCCUUAAACCGGAUCUAUGCCAUCUACAGGCUUUUCUUUACCUCCUUCUCCUUUUUGCCCCCUUGCUUCAUAUUCAUCUUCACCUACGUGGGAAUCCACAGAAGCCUCCAACAGUCCACCUCGUUGGAGAAAACCGAGUUGAGAAGAAUCCAGAGAUUGCUGUUUGCAGUCAUUCUCUUAUUUGUGCCAAUUUUUGGGCCUUAUCACAUCGCUUACUUUUACAGAGUGAUCAUGACACUUGUGAGCAGCAAUAUCUGCCAGGUGGAACAGCUUUUAUAUUUUCACUUCAGGGCCUGUUGUGCUUUCGUCAGUGUCAAUAACAUCUUUGACCCACUGCUGUACAUUUUCGUGUCCAAGGAUGUCCAAAGAAAUUUCACCCGUUUCUUUAAGUGUCACUUGGCUGGGCAGAGAGACACCGAGAGCAAUGAGGAGACAGAGAGAUCGAGAAGAAGAGAUUUGAGCCACAGCUAA